UUUCACAGUGAACGUGACAUUUGCUUUUUACUUAUAUACAAUAUGCUCUAUGAUUGUUUUGCAAUUACCGUUAUUAAUGGAAUAAAAAGUGAUUAUUUUGUCGCUAUAAGCCGCACGCUGCAACGCGCCUAUACACGCCGCUUUUAAGCUUGCUUUAAGGAAUGUCAUCAUUAACCAGCGAGCCAGCAGAGAACUACAUGCGCACAUAUUGCGCCGAUGACAAAACCAGUAAACAGCUGCUGAAAUGCUGUCAGCACAACGUGUUGCAUGAUCCUGUUGCAAAGCACAUCCAGCUAAAACCAACAGCAAAAAUAUAAACAUCACCAAACGUAACCUUCCAAAAGCAUUUAAUUUACCCCACAUUUAUUCGUAAAUACAUAUAAACAUAUAUGUAUAAUGCCCGACCGACGACGGACAACAUCAACCAUACAUCCAAUGGAUGCCGAACGUUUACUCGGCAUUUUUCUAGCACUUAUCGUGCUGUCACCCUUCGCGGGCGCUUGUUCGAGUCGUGCCAUACAGAAACCGGCGCCGCCACCACCCUUACCAACGGCCGCACCAUCCGAAGCGGCCGAGGCGUCCACAACACCGCGCCCCAACAUCACAUUCCCCAUUUAUAGCUGUCCGCCGACAUAUGCCGCUUGGUAUUGCCUAAAUGAUGCCACUUGCUUCACAGUUGAAAUUCAUAAUGAGAUACUCUACAAUUGUGAGUGUGCCACCGGUUUUAUGGGACCGCGUUGUGAGUACAAAGAGAUCGAUGGCUCAUAUUUGCCGACACGUCAACGUGCCAUGCUCGAGACGGCCAGCAUUGCGAGUGGUGCCACAUUGGCGUUGCUGGUGGUGGUCAUACUAUGUCUAAUGUGGUAUAUACGCUAUGAUAAGCAACGGCAAAAGUUGAAUGAGAGCGCAGAGGCGGCACACGACAAUGAGGGACUCGAUCAAGUAGACGGUAUGACGCGCUUACCGUUGCGUCGGCCAUUCGGUGAACAUCAUUACAAAACAUUACCGCUAGCUGCAGCCUUUAAACGUUAAUUAAGCAACAAAGAUACAUACAUACAUAUUUAGUGAGAUACACUAGUUGACUUAAGUAUGCAGUACAGUUCAAAAGCAUAUAUUUAUGGAUACAAAUGGCAGCUAAACGAUAUGAGGGGAAAUUGAUUCACCAGUUUACCACGCUAACGGCUACUAGAAUUACUAAGCAUAAUGAGCACGUGUUAGAACACAAGUCAAGCACAGAAAAGACAAAGAAAUACGAUGAAAGACAUUAUUUUGGACUUUUAAUGCCAUUUAGUACACAACUGUUUUUGUUUUUUAAUAAUUUUUAACCAAAAGCGUUGGACAUAUGCAACCUCUGUGAAGUGCUGUCAUAUAAUUUUAUUGUUUGUUUGUUUAAAAAUUUACAUAAGUGUGUGUAAAGCGCGAAAAAUUAAUUUAUGUGCUGCAGUUGCAUUUUGAAAAUCGUGAAAUUUAUAAUUUUGAGACAGAUAUGAUGCCAUAAAGCAGAAAUGAAACAGUUUGUGCUACAAUAGUGACUUAUUUCGACUGUUUACGGCAUCUUUUAGGCGCUUUUUCAAUGUGUGGCCGCUAAUUGAAUUAAAAUAAAAAAAUCCUAACUAAUACAUACCUACAUACAUAUUCAUCAGCAUUCUAGUUGAAAAUAUGUACUUGAAAAAUAUGCACUUAGAAUUGCUAUAAGUGACCUUGAGAUAUUAUAAAAAUAUUAUUUGUUAAAUUGUGCAAAUCCACAGAGGAAGCAGUGCUGUCCAAGUAACGCUAAAGAAAUCCUACAUAUACUAAGCUGAAAAUGUCUCACACACUCCAGUGUAGGCGCGUUUUUUAUUCGCCAAAAAUUGCCUUAUUAAUGUUUAAACGAAACACUAACGACAAAAAAACGCUAAAAACACACCUAAUUGACGCGCAUUGCUGCAAAUAAAGCAAGUUUAUUGCAAAAUGCAAGUGUAGCUCCUUUUAAUAUUUAUACAACGACUAUUAUUUAUUAUUAUCACUACUGACGUUAUUACACAAAAAGUAUUAAAAUAUAAAACAUAAUAAUAAAUAUUGUCUAAGUAAACGAAAA